CUUCAAUUAAUAAAUUAAUACUAAAUUCCAAUCAAAAACAAAGAAGAAAAUGCACUCAGUAAAGGAGAAAGUAAGCAACGCAGCUGCCGCUGGUAAAGAGCACGUUGACAUCCUCAAAGCCAAAGCCGAAGAAAAGGCUGAGAAAGCAGUAGCAAGGACAAGGGAAGAGAAGAGGAUAGCAGAAGAGGUGAGAAAAGCAAAAGAAGCGGAAGCGAAGAUGGAGCUACAUCAAGCGAAAGCACGUCAUGCAGCGGAGACGCUGCAAUCGAAGCAAUCUCAUCUAAUAGGGCGCCACGGCCACGGCCACCACCAUCAUGCUGUCGGUGGCCAGCAAAAUCCAGUGGUGGGUAGUACCGUUCCAACUACUGGGACCGUUGCUCCUACCUAUCCUCUUGGAGGCUACCCUCCUACUUCUCAUGGCCAUAUCUAAUUUAGCAGCAUCCUGUAGUAGUGUGUAGUUUCAGUUCCGUUCUCUGUAAUGCCUUUGGAAUAAAUUGAGGAACGCCUUUGGUUUUUUUAGCUAGCUAGCUAGAUCCAUUGACAAGUAUACAUGUCAUGACUAGUAUCAAAACAUUUCCCUUUGAAAGAAUUAUAUUCUUUGUAUUCCGCUUUCUGUCCAAUAUUCUGUACAACGCUCAAUAAAUAAUAGAAAAUUGCACUUCCAUCUUU